CCUCGCGAAUCGGGUUCUCCAAUCAUUUUGUCUUCCAACCACAAGUAGAAACCAGUGACAAUUUGGUGUAUUUGCCAUAGUGGGCGCGUCGAUGCGAAGACUGUCGAAAGCUGCUUCGUGUGUUUAUUCUGCUUUAGUUGAAAUUGGACACCGCUGAUGUUUCAACGUCCAUGUCCUCCCCGUGGGUUGUGCUGCGGAGUGAUAUUCCUUUGGAACCCGACAAUGUGGAGGCUGUUAAAAUGUCUACUUGGAAAAUGAAAUGCUUAUAAUUUCUCUAACGCCGAGGAAACGGAGUUACACUAGAGUUAUGGUUCGUGUUAGAGACGCGUUUUCAGUUUCGUGAAGAGGACGACACCGUGACGACUCGUUGGAGGAGUGGUUCAUAUUGUCUCUCCACAUCUUCAUCAAGCCCACAGUCCGGACCACGGGGGGAAGGAUCCUCUCCCUAACUUUGUUUUUUUCUCCACUCCAGACGUUCAUUUCUCUCUGUUGGAUGCCUCACCAAUAAUCCAGUUGCUUGCUGAGACUGAAAAGGCCAAGUGAACAGCAGCAGAGAAUGGCUGCAGUGGAAACAGACAAGGAGCUCAGCGACUUGCUGGAUUUUAGCGCGAUGUUUGAACCUCCAGUUUCGAAUGGCAAGAACCGGCCAACUACUCUCUCCAGCAGUCAGUUUGGAGGAACAGGUAUAGAUGAGAGGAGUGGAUCCAGUCCCUGGGGCCCAGGAGAGCAGAACAGCCCAUCGUUCAACCAGGGAAGGGGUUAUGUAGAAGAAGGCCUGUACAGCGAGCAAGAUGGUGUGGCUCCCAUAUUUGGAUCAGGGAUUGUUGGAAAGGUUGAGCGAGGAUCGUACUCAUCGUUUGCAACGCAGCCCAACUUCAUGCCCAAUGAGAUACCUCUGCCUAGUCCCGAUGCCCUCUCUCCAACUGGCCUGAAGUCCAAUACACAGUUUUAUUCCUCACUUGAAGGCAGCAACCCUCGCAGGCGGCCUUCACAGGACCCGAAUGAACCACAGCCAAAAAAGAUCCGGAAGGUGCCUCCUGGCCUGCCCUCCUCGGUUUAUGUAUCUGCCUCAGGGGAGGAUUUUAAAAGGGACAAUGCUGGCUACCCAGCCUCAAAGGCAGGAAACAUCUACCCACCACCUUUCUACAUGCAAGAAGGCCUCCACCAGCCCUCUGAUCCAUGGGGCUCUGCUGGGUCGAUGGCUCAGCCUGGUUAUUCUCCUAUACUGGGUAACUCCCCCCAUCUGAGCCAACAUGGUCCCUUCACAGCCAUCAACCCCCAAGACAGACUGAAACGGCACCCACUGCCUCUCUCACCGCAAAACUACCCCCUACAUGGAAGUGAAGUCAAUGGGGCUCAUCCUGCAGGUUUUCACUCCAGCAGCUUCGGAGUCCACAGCCACACACCACCUAUUGCUGGCACUGAGACGAUUAUAGCCAAUCGUGGAGCAGUACCUGGGAGUUCUGGAGAUGAAAUUGGAAAAGCUUUGGCAUCUAUCUACCCUUCAGACCCACACAGCAACACUUUCUCUCCAUCACCAUCUACUCCCUCUGGCUCUCCUCAGGCUGUGUCAGGCGCUACAUCUCAAUGGACCCGGUCCUCUGGCCAAGCCACUCCUUCACCCAGUUUUGAUGGUGGAGUUCAGUCCUUGCCGAGCAAACUGGAGGAUCGUCUAGAUGAGGCCAUCAAUGUUCUUCAGCGUCAUGCCAGUGGACCAGGAGGAGCAGGACUGGCUGAAAUGCACAGUCUGCUCUCAUCUGGUUUGGGGUUACCUCCAGGUUUUAACAAUGCAGCACUUGGACUCGUCGGUCGUAUGUCUGGACUGGUCUCCAGUCACCAUGAGGACUCUGUUGGCCUGCCCUCUAGUGGUCCUCUUUUGCAUGGUCACCAUGUCCCCACAUCUGUCCAGGGAGGCUCACAGCCUGAUGCUUUUACUGGCCUGUCUGGUAGCCUAAGCCGUUCCAAUGUUGCUGAAAUCAAACCAGAGAAGGAAGACGAUGAGAAUUGUUCCCUUUCCACCAAGUCAGAAGAUGACAAAAAAGACUUAAAAUCUCGCCUGCGGACAAGCUGCAGUGAUGUCUCUGUGACUGAUGAGAACUUGACCGCUGAGGAGAAGGAGCAGAGGGAGCGCGAGCGUCGCCUAGCUAACAAUGCUAGGGAGCGGGUGCGUGUUCGUGACAUUAAUGAAGCCUUCAGAGAGCUGGGCAGGAUGUGUCAGGUCCACCUGCAGAGCGACAAGGCCCAGACCAAACUUGUCAUCCUGCAACAAGCUGUUCAGGUCAUCCUAGGCCUGGAGAAGCAGGUGCGAGAACGUAAUUUGAAUCCAAAGGCUGCCUGCCUCAAAAGGAGAGAGGAGGAGAAAGUGUCGGGUGUGGAACCCCAGAUACAGCUAGGCGGGGGUCACCCUGCUCUAGGGGAUGGACACAACCUUGUGAGCCAUAUGUAAUUCUCAGUUCUUUUUGAUUGUACAGCCCUUAUAAGACGUGGCCUUAAUCCAUCCUUGUCAUGCAUCUCAGUGUGUGAUCAUCAAGUUUUGGAAGCACACAUUCACAAACCUCAUUACCGACAAAGCAGGUGGCCACAUUCCUAAGUAACAAGCAGACGCAUACUGAAAAAGAUUCAUUAAUAUUUACAUGACGAUACUUUGAACCAAGGACACUGGUUGGAAACAGUGGAACUCUGUCAUGAGGACAUUGUUAUGGUCAUGUUUUUGUAAGACAUUUUGAUAAAGUCACUUAUGUGUUGGGGAGCAAAACUUGCUUGGAUCAAAUAAAAUCCUUGGAACAAUUGCUCAUUUGAGCAAAGUUGGCAUUUGUAUCUUUUGAUAGUUAUUGGCAUUCCCAUAUAAAAAGAAGGUCUUCACAAGUAAGAGUUUAAUAUUACUUGGUUUAGGUCAAAAUAGCCAUUAUUGUUAUUUUCUAAUUAAAAUGACUGAAGUGUGUUUGACAUAUCCACCUGCUGACUGAUUCUUGGUAUGCUGGUAAUUUUGUCAGAAUUUAUUUUUUUAUUUUAUUUCUUGAUUUAUAAAAAAAAAAAAAAGCCCACAGUCACUGACUGGCGGUUUGAGGGAAUUGUAUAUUUCUUUGUGGAUCUCUGGGUCUUAUCUCUUGAAGUGCUGUACACGUUAUUGUGACUGCCAUGCGAGUGGAUGGGAAGGACUGAUCAGUCGCUGACAUGAACAUGAGCAAAGACUCCUUGCAAAGGCAUGAUCCUCAGUGAAUUUGUAACAUGAAUGCCCUAACCUUCCCUCUGUUAGGCCAUCGUGGGAUAUGGCAGAUGUCAUUGCUGUCAUUCCCAGCCACAUGGUCAGUACAAGCCCUCUGACUCUUAUGCAGAAUCCCUCUGCCCACAUUAAAGAGACACUGUUACAGCAUGGAUAAUUUUCUUAGUGUAAGAAAUUUGUAUAGUGGUAAAUAACAUUUUCCUAUGAGUAUUGAAAGGGAUCAUAAGUGUUACCGCUACCUACAACAUUGACUGACUUGGUUGUUGCUAUGUAUUUCGUUUAUGUUUUCCCUUUAGAACAAUUGCAAAGUUGCCUGUUGUAAGGAUCUUCCUUUUGUAGAAUUGUUCUUUUAUUGUUUUUAUUCUUUCUAUUUUAUUUUUUACUUUGUAAGAUAGUUGUAUGUGUUUUUGUUUACAUUGUGUUUAAGUCCACUCUAGGUUUAGUUUUCAUGAAGAUGAGGUGUGUUUUGUGACACAUGCUUGGAGAUGAUCUGGCUGUAACAUCAUAUUGUGAUAGUUUAUUUUCUGCCUGUUUCAGCACCAACCUAUCAGGCCAGUUGUAAAGGAUUGUUUUGGCAAUUAAUACAGUUUUUACUGAAAUAUUCUUCCAACACACUCUUUUUCCACUCCUACAUGCCAUUGAUUGAUUCAUUUGAACAAGGGGCUAUAGGGGCAGUCUGUACAAUCUGCAACAUAAUCAUAAUUAUGAAGCAUAAAUGAAUACAAAAGGGUGGCCUUAGUUAUUUUCUUGACUUGGGAAGUUUUGAUAAUGGUUACUCACCAGUGCCUGGAUACUUCCCUGCUACAUGGUUGAUGAUGUUGCAUUUAAGAAUUUAUAGGUUGUAAUGUUUUUAUGAUACAGAUGUUAAAAAAACACAUGUAUACUUCGGUUAACUUCAGAAUGUCUCAGAACAUGUAAAUGAAGAAUUACACUUGUUGAUGCUUACUGCUACAGUCUCUGUCAUUAGAUGUAAGCUAACUAAUAACCUGGUUUACAACUUUGACACUGAAAACUGUACUUAAUCUUUUUUACUUUCAUGUACUGAUUCUGUUAAAUAUAAUUUUGUCUUUAACUGGCAUGUGCAUUAAUAUGUAUGUACAGUUACAUGGAUUGUCUAUCAGAGUCAUCAUUUAAAGCUGAUACGGAUAUGUAACAGUAUUUGGUUUACCUCUUCUGUCAUUUUGUCACCUUCGCCCCAUGGACUAGCCCCAAGCAUUAUUUUCUUUUUACUCUUUACUUAGAAAAACAUGGUCUUGUUGUGAAAUGGAGACUCGCUACUGAAGACUUGCUUUUUUUUUCUUACAUGGAACAUAAGUGUCAAACCAUGUACUUGAUAUUGUUUGUGAACAAACCACUUCUGGCCACCACAACACAUGAUCUGCUACAUAUUUCUGUCUUCACUCAUAUUUGAGGACAUCUAUGUAGGCUAUGUCCUCAAAGUGCCUCCACUUUCCUAUUUUUUAUAUAUAGUAGAUAUUGAGGACUGUUGUGUAUAUAACAGUAAUGUAGCAAUAAAUGUGCCAUUUUUAAUAACAAA